AUGUUUUAUUUUGAUCCCCACAAUUUUCUCUACGCGGGGGGAUGCCUCCUUGCAUCCGUCUGUACCCUCUGCGUGUGUAGAAAUAGGGAUUUGUUUCCUCAUAUCAGUGAGAAUAAGCCAAUCGGCCAACUGUACCGCCUUCUAAAUAUCCACAAAUAUGAAUCGUUCAACAUCAUCAUUCAAAUUCACCACAUCAACUUAAAAAUGGGUGAUGAUGACAACAGCAAGUACAUUGUCCAUCUGAAAAUCGGAAACAGAUAUUCCUACACCCACUACUACAAGCAGUACCUGAACAAAAUACACAUAGAAGAAAGAAAAAACAUGGUUGUCAAACAGAAUAACGAUACCAUCAGAAUCGAAGUGUACAAAAAGGGAACUCUAAAAAAUACAUUCAUCGGCUCAGCUGAUCUUCACAUCUACACAGACAUCGUGAAGAAGUUGUUCCCCUGCAACAUGUACUUUAACAUAGUCAACAAAAACCAAAUAGUAGCUACAGCCUGCUUGUCCUUCCAUUACAUCAACUUAGAGUGCAUAAAGAAGGAGGACCAGAUAUACACCUCUCUAUUUAUCGAGACCAUAAUAGCUGUUCAGAAAAACCAUAGCAGGAAUAAUGAGAUGAUUGAGAAGCUCAUAAAUGAGGGCAAGGAGCACUUCGAUGCCAUUAAGGAGACGGACGUCAGCUCAACUAUCUACAAGAACAUUUCCUCCCUGGCAAUCGAAGACAAAAUUCGACUCUUUUGCAAAAACUUGAACGGCUACCUCCUGCACAGCAAUUUUUACAUCAAGCGAUUCUACAACAAGUACUUUUUCUACAUGCACUUCUUUAAGGGAAAAUUCUACUGGUGCUAUUAUAAUGAGGAAGCCGACGCGAAGGUGGACAAGAAUCGAGUGGGGUAUAUCCGCCUCGAAUACGUAGUGAACGUGUACAGCGACGUCUAUAGCCACAAGUACUUCUACAUCAAGUACAGGAAAAAAAGAGAAAGAAAGGAAAACUACCUAUAUCUUAAGACAGUAGACAAGGAUAGAAACAUCUGGGUGAAUAUCAUUCACGAUUUUAUCAUCCUAGUAAGUAAUUACAGACGCGAGAAAAAAAGCAAAAUAAAUAAAAUCAAAGAACUCACAGAUAACUAUGCUGAAGGAGCGUCCAAAGAGGCCAUCGAAAUUAACAAACAACUGUCUAGAUCUUUCUCCACGAAUUCUAUAAAAAAUAAGUACCUAAAUAAAAAAAAUGUUGUUGAUACCCUAAGCAACGUCGACAAGGAUGAGGGUCAUACCAAGGGUGCCCACCUGGAUCAGGACUUGGAGGACGCCUCACAAAAUAUGUGCAAUUACAGCGAUUAG